CCGCCGCCGCCGUCGUCGGCCCCGUCCGCACCCUCGCGCGGGUGCGCGCGCGAGGGAACCUCGCUUUCAUUAUUUAUACCGGCUUAUUGACACCGCGUCCGCGGUGUCUUGCAUCAUCCCGGGCGAGAUUGCGCCAAAUGUUGCACGUAGAUAAUCGGAGGAGGAGGACAGCUCGGGUCAACGAAGCGAGUCUGGGUCGUGAAUCGUUAAAGUCAACCCGCUGGCUCGCGACGAUGCCGGGGUCGUCGAUCGCCGAUCGUUCCCGAGGAAGAGCCCGCGCCGGGAACGUUCCCUCUCGCGUUGAGCGACGCACAUAUGUUGUCGAUCGCUAGAGACGGGACGGUAAAUUUUCAUUCCCUCCGCCCCUCAUUUCGCUCAACUUCUCCUCUUUAUCCGAUACUAAGCUAUUGUGUUGUUGAAACUUACGGACGACCCAACCGGCUAGUUACUUCGUUUGUUUAUUACACGACGUUUCGACCCUAUUUCUUGGGGUGCUUUUCACGUGGCGCUGAAAUGAAAUAACGUAGCUGUACCUUUGGUUCAAUUGCUCGCCAAUUGGUAAUCAUCUUACCCGCUGACCUUGGUUACUCUAUUGUAACUGUAUUAGAUUAAGUUUUAUUUAAGUCAUAUUAGUGCAAUUUACUAAGUUGCACCGACGAAGGUGCUGCGACACCGAAACGGUCGCUUAAAAUAUACGCCGAAUAUUUAAGUACAUAUGGACAUUCACCUUCCAUUGCCCGUAUGAUUAUUGGCCUGUUGUUUUUCCAUUUGAAAUAACGUAAGUUGAUAAGUAAAACGGCUAGGAGUCGAGCACCUAAGGUCAGUCAUCGUCAUCGAUUAAGACAGAGUCGAAUUGUAAAAUGUACGCAUAUGUGCGCUGUGCUGGGCUCCAACUAACUCCAACUAAUUCGUUAGUAAUGUUCUUGGGAACGAUACAAGGUGAUAUUGCGAACUGUACAGUUUGGAUUGCACAGUCAUAUAUUACAUUUAAGUUUUCGGCGUCUGUUUGCAAAUUUAACGUGUUAUCGGUCUUCCCGAUAAAAACAUUUCGGCAAUCUCUCUUUUUCUCCCCGAGGCGCUCGCUAUGUAAAAUUCCUGGUUUCGACCAAUUGAACUCGCGAUCAUGCAAUACACGGUGUUUCGCUCCGACCGCGGAGCGGCAGCUUUCGUCCUUUUUCGAUGUCAUUUCUGUGUUCUUUCUUAUUGUAUUAUGAAGGCCCUUUAAACGUUACUUAUCCCUUGAAAUGGCUUGCAUUUUCAGUGCAAGCAGGAAUGGAGUUCGGGGUGGGCGAUGUCGCCCAGAUAUCGGCAGAACUGGCCCGCGUGGUCGAGAUGAUGAUGUCACCCGGCAUCUCCCAGCCGCAACGUCUGGAGAUGUACAACGCCUGCGAGCGGUUCAAGGAGACCUCGCCGUUGUGCGCGCAAUGCGGCCUCUACCUGGCGCAGAAGUCGCCCGAGCGAAGCUCGGUGGUGCGCCACUUCGGUCUACAGCUGAUGGAGCACUGCGUCAAGUAUCGGUGGACGCAGAUCUCGCAGUCGGAGAAGAUCUUCAUCAAGGAGAACGCGAUGAAGCUGCUGCAAGAGGGCACCGAGCCGCUGCUGCAGGAGGAGGCGCACAUCAAGGACGCCCUGUCGCGCGUCGUCGUCGAGAUGAUAAAGCGCGAGUGGCCGCAGCAGUGGCCGACGCUGCUGGCCGAGCUCAGUCAGGCGUGCACGCGCGGCGCGAGCCAGACCGAGCUGGUCCUGAUGGUAUUCCUAAGACUGGUGGAGGACGUGGCGCUUCUGCAGACGCUCGAGUCUAACCAGAGGAGGAAGGACAUAUAUCAGGCGCUGACUACAAACAUGGCCGAGAUCUUCAGCUUCUUCCUGAGUCUCAUGGAGCAACACUUUUCAGAGUUUCAGGAGAAGAGUGCCUUAGGACAGAGCCAGGCUGCGGUGCACAGUAAAGUCGUUGAAGUGGUGCUGUCUACGUUAACCGGAUUCGUCGAGUGGGUUUCUAUAAAUCACGUGAUGGCCGAGGAGGGGAGACUGUUGCAGAUACUGUGCCUCCUGCUGGGAAAUCCUAUAUUUCAGUGUGCCGCCGCCGAGUGUCUGCUUCAGAUUGUAAAUCGCAAGGGCAAGGCCGACGAUCGAAAGCAGCUGAUGAUCCUGUUUUCGGAGGAGGCUUUGAGAUACAUUAAUAACGCGGCCACUGCCCCGCCGCCUCUCGCUGGACCUACGAAUUUCCACGAAAACCACUACUUAUUUCUGAAGAAGCUCACACAAGUACUGACUGGCAUGGCGACGCAGCUCUGCGCCGUGUGGGGAAAGGACGACGCCUCCAGCGUGCGGCCAACGCAUUUCAAUCUCUUCCUGGACACCGUGCUCACGUUCACCAUGUAUCCGAGCCUCACGCUCACGCAUUUAGCGAACGCGAUUUGGGUGAUGAUAUUCAAGCACGAGCAGAUCAAGACGGACUCGCUGCUGCUCACGUACGUGCCCAAGUACGUGGAGCAUACCGCGCCCAAAUUGAUCCGCGUCACGUAUCCGCAUGGCAGACAGAGCAACGGCAUGACCACGUACUGCCUCGUCGAUUACGACUCGGAGGAGGAGUUCAACGUCUUUCUGCACCGCUUCAGAAUGGACCUGUUGGAAGGAUUCAGGCACGCCACUAUGGUGGCGCCUCUAGUGACGUUCACUUACGUGCAACAGUGGCUGACCGCGAAGAUCACCAAGGGCAUGAUGAAUCUGCAAUACAAGAGCGACCAGAACGACCGAGAGUACCUCGAAUGGGAGGCCCUCGCGCAGGCAUUGGACUCGGUCGUGUCCAGGAUCUUGCUGAUCAACGAGCGGCCGAACGUGCAGACCGGCUUACAGCUGUUGCAGCUCUGUCUAGAUUAUUCACCGCAAGACCCUUUGAUCUUGUCCGCUCUGUUGUCCUGUAUAAGCGCUCUCUUCGUGUUCCUGUCGAUGUCGACCGGCUCGAUGGCCAUGCCGGGCGUCGCUAUUCUACCGCGCGUCCUCGAGAAGAUCUUCGCCGCGUUGGUAUUCGAGGUGCCCGGUGAGAAUGAAUGCAACCGAUCGCGCGCGGCCAAAAAUGUGCGGCGACAUGCGGCCAGUCUUAUGGUGAAGAUCAGCCUCAAGUAUCCGCUGUUGUUGCUGCCGGUGUUCGAGCAGAUUCACACGAUGGUGCGCAGUCUGACCCGGGAGCCAAGCCCGUUGUCUCGAAUGGAGAGUGUCAUGCUGUACGAGGCGCUGCUCCUCAUCUCGAAUCACUUCUGCGACUACGAGAGGCAGACUCGAUUCGUCACGGAGGUGAUCGGCGAUACGUCCAGCAGGUUCAUCGCGCUCGGCAGGGAAUGGUUUGGGGGACCGUUGGAGCUUAUGCGAUUCGUGGGGCUGGACCAACCGCCGGUGGAGAACACAUUGGAGGAUCCAGCCAGACGUAAUCGCAGCGAUCUCAUGAUGUGCAUCUGCACUGUGCUGAGCGUGGUCAAGCGGUGCUCGAUCCCGGAGGACCCGGACCGCGCGGCCAGGGGCGGCUUCGUGGCCGCGCUGAGCGAGAGCGGCAAUCCGGUGUAUCGCAACCCAGCGACACCUCACGUGAUCUCCGUUCUGCCCACGCUUUUUACGCUGCUGCGAACGAUGAACGCUCUCUUCAGUCCUGUCGCCCUCGCCACUCUAUCUGAGGGCUACAAAAAUGCUUAUGGACUUUUGGAAUCGGAGAAAGCGAAUCUUCUGGGCGUGAAUGUAACCAACGACAAUAAUAGUGAAACGGACCAGGCUUUGGGCACUUCUCUGGUUCGAAUGCAAUCAUUCCUGAGUACGAUUCAUGAUCAGUGCUAUCAUAUGUUAGGCAGCGGCUGUCACAUGAUCGGCCGCGAGUUUUACCAGCUGCCUGGACUUGCACUAGCCUUGUUGAACUCGGUCUUCUCGAACAUUGAGGUGAUCCCAGAUUAUAGACUACGACCGAUUAUACGCGUGUUCAUGAAGCCGUUUAUAUACUCGUGCCCGCCGGCUUUUUACGAGAGCGUAUUAGUACCUGUGUUGGCUCAAGUGUCCGUACACAUGUACCAAAGAUUAAGCGCAAAGUGGCAGUACAUAGCGCGUCUCUACGAGUCCGGCAGCCUGGAUGAGGAGAACACAGAUACGCAGGAAGUCAUCGACGACAUGCUCAACAGGAAUCUGACCAGGGACUUCGUGGAUGUGUUAAAAGUGGCUCUGGUCGGCGGAGCCGCGUGCGACGCCGCUCCCCCGGAUACCAUGGAACAGGACAGCGGAGGAAUGGCGGUGGAUCCGCCUCUCUCGCGGGGAAACAGCAUCGUCGCCGAGGUCGUCAGUGAGCUUGGGGCUACCGUUUUGCGUCAUCCAUCUACUUGUCACAGCGUCGUCCUAUGCGUAUUAGGGGCGCUCGCAUGGAACGAUUCGAAUGCGAGUCUCAAGGCUACGAUGCUGACUGGGCCUGUGGUCCGAGCACUGGCAGCUGACGGCAGUCUCACUCCGACUAUGGCGGCGCACGUCAUGGUCGCCGUUCUUCAGGGUUUGCAACUGCACGGUCAGCACGAGGCCAACCAGGGCUCCCUCGUCACUCUGGGCGCACAAGUCUACGAAUGCCUCAGACCUAAGUUUCCGAACAUCAUCGACGUGAUGCAGCAAAUCCCGGGAGUCAAUCCUGCUGACCUGCAGCGCUUCGAUGAGAAAAUGUUGGUGGUCAGCACGAAAGGCAACAAAGUCGAAAAGGGCAAGAAGGAUCUCUUCAAGAAAAUUACUAAUCAGCUUAUCGGCAGAAGCGUAGGACAAUUGUUCCGCAAGGAGGUCAAAAUAGACAAUUUACCGCGAAUAGAAGUAUCCGGUAAGCCUCAUCCGGUGCGCGUGGAUGAGAUCUCGAAAAAUUCCACUGACACGGGAAUAACAGCACUGUUCGCUGGAUCUACGUAGCAGACCGUUUUAGAAAAUCACAUUUUGCAUAGCUGGUCUAACUCAAUAAAUAAUUAUAAGUUAUUGUAAAAAGGUCUCUUCAAAGGCGGCCAUAUUAAUGGCGUAAAAAAAGAAUCCAAGCUCGCAGAAACAACGUGUUUCUUUCUAGGAAAAUUCACAAUUUUUAUUUAUUUACGGCGACUCAGCCGUAAAUGAGCCGUGUUAAAGUGUUCGAGGUAUCACCUCAGAUUUGUAUGCGAUUGCAAAUUUCGUCGAUUAUUUUUACUUGUAUUCUUCCAACGAGGGCGUUUUUAAAUAAGAUACAUGUCGUGGUAGAAUGGGAAAAGCAUGCGAAUUUUAACAAAAUUGCAAUCGUAUGGAAUGUCGAGAUGAUGCCUGCGGAACACUCGGGCGUGCCGUAUCCUUACUCAGUCACUGGGUGCUCCAAAUUAAGUUUCGGAUUAUAAAUUAUAAAUACAUAAUUAAUAGUACAUAAAUAUUUAUGAUAAGCAAUGAAGCGGAGGAGAUCUUUCUGCACUUUCCUCACUCUGAAAUCGAUCGUAAAUUUCAAACUGGCGAAGAUGCAGCUACGGCGAUAUAAGUGUAGAUAAUUUUUUACACCGCACAUUCUGUCGUUACUCUUAUUUAUUUUAAUUAAUUUUAAAGACUCGCGCAGGAGGAAGAACAUGGCCGAUGUCGUUCGCGUUCCGUCACGUUAUUCAAGAAUGAACAUUCGAUCUUUUAGGUGGCGACAGAAAAUUUUUUUGAUGCGUUGUCAUCCUUUCAGGAUCCAUUUUAGUCAACAUUUUUUAAAAAUCCCAAACGCAUUAUACACAAUGUCGCUUUUUGUGGCAAACACGGGAUGUGCGUCAAGAAAAAGUUCGUAAGGAUUGUACAAUGAGACGUAAGGAAAAUUGUGAUAAGACUAAUGUGUGAUGAGUAAAAUUUUACGAUACACGCGAGCGAGCCGCGAAGUGAGUUUGCUUUGUAUAAACAAAGAAGGAAGAGAACCGCGAGUCCGAGCUGUGACUGAUGUGUGCAAAACCGAAUACUAAUAUAUUUCUCUUUUUCUUUACUCUUUUUUUUUCUUUGCUACUUUCUAAAUUAUGUCUCCGAAGUCCAUAGUGACUGUGGCACGUUAGAUCUGUUCUCUUUAGCUGAAAGCCUUCUUUAUUUUUAUUGGUACUUUAAGUAAGGCCCGGUUUCACCAACGUUGUUUAACUUUGAAAGGAUGUAUUACGUAUACCUUCCCAGCAAAAAAUACAGUAAUCUUAAAAAUUCAAUAUAUAUCGGUUGUAUGAAUACUUUAACGGCUGGCUAUUAUUGAAUAUUAUAACAAAGAUGUUAAUUUUACUGAUUUAAAUAACUUCAACCUCUUUUUAUAAUUAUUGACAGCGUAUUUAUAAAUAUUCUUAAUAGCGGUUAAAAACUUUUGGCUGGGAAUUUGCCAUGAAUCCAACUGCUAAAAACAAAAAUCUGACAUAUAUAAUCUGCAUAUAGACAGAAAAAUGUUUCAUAACCUGUCAAUCUCCAAACAAUAUGUUGUUUAAAAUCGGAAUAUAAGACAUUUUACAGAUAUCAUUAAGACAUCUUGUACACGUAACAUCAUAAGACGUCUUAUAAAAGGUACCCUAUAUUUCUAUUUUGGACAGCGUGUUGUCUGGAACGCACAUAAAAUUUUAAGAAAUUAAUAACUUGAAAACGAAUCAGUCAAUUGAUCCAAAAUUUAUCACAGGUUUUCAUGGUAUAUAAAUGCACAACUUCUGUAAAUUUCAGCUUUUUCCCUCUAUUUUAACUUAAGUAACAUACAUCCUUUUCGUUCUUUGUCUCUUUCCAACUGUUACUUUAGAAAGAGACAAACAUGAAUUAAACUAAGAUGAAAGUUUAGCGACGUUUGGUGAAACCGGGUCUAAGACGUAUGCGUUCGCGAUUUAGGGAGAAGAAAAGCUAUACAUUCGUGCAAUUAAAAAUGCAGCUAAAAGGAGCAUAUCUAUUGUAUUAUACCACGCUAAGGAUUUCGAGGUAUAGUUUAUUACAUCGGUGUCAUAUAUCUAUAUACAUAUAAGUAUAUACAUAUUGUAUAAUAAAAUCUUAUAGCGAUUGAGCUUCUACCAGAGUAGAAGAGGACGAAUGUAAUCGCUCGUCUACACAACACACAUACACUAUAUAUAUACAUAUUUGUUUGAAAUCUCAUGUUACACUAUUCGUUGAUUUUUUUCAAGGCAUGGAUCGACGCCGAAGAGUACGUACACGAAAAGUCGAUCAACGUCUUCCUUACAGCCGAGUUUUCUCGCGAACGUUGAAGAAAUUGAAAACCCGCGGUACAACAUACAAAUCAAUUAAAUUACACGAUACUGUAUUUACAUGCAAGACGGCAGUUUUAAUCAAGAGGAUAUGUAUAUGUAUACAUACACGAUUAAUGCGAGAACGUA